CGCGAUGGUGAGGGACGAAUGCAAAACGCUUCUGGACGCGCUGAACAAAGUCUCCGCCUGUUACAGGCAUUUGGUGGUUUGCGUCGGGGGGACGUCGGACUCCCAGAACCUGCGCGAGGAGCUGCGGGAGACCCGCCAGAAGGCCCGGGUCCUGGCCGUGGCCAACAGGAACCGGCUGACCGCCGCCCUGAAGGACCGGGCCCUGGGCCGGGAGGACCGGGCCGAGUUCGAGCGGCUGUGGGUGGUCUUCUCCACCUGCGUGGAGCUGCUGGAGGUGGACAUGCGGAGGGCCCUGGAGCUGGGCCACGACUUCCCGCUGCACGUGCCCCGGCGGCACCUGAUCCAGUCGGGCCUGUCCGGCGGCACGUCGGCCGUGGCCGCCCGGGCCAUGAGCGUCCGCGACAUGAGGUACGGCGGCGGCAGCAACAUCGACACGGCCGACCUGAGCGACCUGGAGCAGGAGAUCGACGAGGUGGGCGACAUGCUGUACCAGAUGGAGAUGAAGGUCGGGGUCCCGCACUGGACGGUGCAGGCCCGGCAGGGCCCCGGGGCCGAGCUCCGGGGCGGGGGGGGAGGGAGGGGGGCGGUGUUGUUGUCGUCGUCGUCGGUCGGCGCCGAGGCCGAGAGCGAGAGCGGCGGCGGCAACGGCGGCAACGGCGGCGCCGGGAAGGGGCUGUGCGAGUCCGGCCGCUUGGCCGCCGGGGCCAUGUUCGCCGCCGUCUUCCUGGUGGCCGUGGUGCUCGCCGCGUGCGUCGUGCAAUUCGCCUGA